CUUUAAUGUUAUUACCCGUGCUAACACAGUAAUAUGGAAGCCAAGAACUCACGUUACCAAAUACAUGUUAGAACACUUCCGAGACUCGUGUGUUCCUUCUGGCUGCAUUUCAAUACAGUUUUUGAUUUCCUGUUGGUGGAGUAGGAAAUCGAAACUAGUUACGGAAUAAUUAAAAGAGUGUUUAUAACUAAGGGGAAGUGAAACCAGCAGUACAGAAGCCGUGAUAACUCUCAGAGGAACAUCUCAAAACUUAACCCAAACAUGACAAAGGAACUAAUGAUAUCAAAUCACCUUGCAAAAAUGGAUGAGACGCGUUUAAUAAAGUUUAAGAAGGCUCUUUGCCAGAUGAAGCCUCCCCCUGGAGCUGGACCCAUUAAGAUGGAAGAUCUUAAAGACAAAUCCAUAGAGGAAAUUGUUGAAUUUAUCUUCAGAUGUCACACUGAAAGACAUGGACCAGCAACCAUCAAAAAUGUUCUUAUAGAAAUCAGUGAGAAUCAGAUAAGGAUGUUGAUAGACAGAGAUCUCAGGAAUGGUGCUUUUAAAUCAAAAAGCAUAGAAGAUGAGCAAAGUGGGAAACAAGAAUCCAAUCUUCAUGGCAAAACUUUCGUACCAGCCCAUGUUGCUAUACAAUGCCCUGAACCCCCAGCAAAAAAAAUUAAAAGGGAACAAGUAGAAGAUGCCGUGAUAGGAAUCUCAAGUCAAAAUAUUAAAAGAGAAAAAGAAGAAGAUGCUCUAAUAAGAGCCCCAAAUCACAAAAUUCAAGUGGAAAAAGAAGAUGAUGUUGUGAUAGGAGUCCCAAAUCACAAAAUUAAAAUAGAAACAGAAGAUGUUGCGAUAGGAGUCCCAAAUCACAAAAUUAAAGGAGAAGAAGAUGCUAUGAAAGAAGUCCCAAAUCACAAAGAAACAACUUCACGUAAAGAUGAAGGACACAGACCCGUACAUCGACCACCCAAACAAGAACCACAACCACAAGUCAAUCCAGAACAAGACAACAUUACAAGCAACUUAUUUCAUACAGCUCUCAAAAAGCAAUUUGCUGGAGCUGCUUCCCAUGGAUCUUCCACAAAACCACAACCACAGAUCCAUCCAGAACAAGGCGACACUAAAGGGAACAUAUUUCAUAAGACAACCAACAAGCAAUUGGGAGUAGAUCCUUCCCAAGCAUCUUCCAAAGCUUCCACAUCUGCUGCUGUCUCUGUGCAUCUCAUGGAGCCCACUGCCCUCGCAGACCACUACCAGCAAACAAGUCCCAUCAGGCCAAAAGACGCAAGCCCGUGGCGCAGGGAGAGAUCCAGACAUGCAUCAAGCAAGAGGUCCCGCAGAAGUCGGUCAAGAUCAUCCUCCCGCUACCAUCGAUCAAGGCAUAGCCGAUCACGCCGCAGCCGCUCCCAUCAUAGACGGUCUCACCGCAGACGGUCACCCUCAUUGCACCGCGAACAUUACAAUACCCGUCCUGCAGCAAACGCUUGCUGGGUGUGCAGUGCUACUGCGUUGCCAGGAAAGCUAGCUUGUCGCACCCGCUUUAAUGAAGCGACCAGAGAAAAGGAGGCGGACGCUAGAGUGGCUACAGAUCUCAUAAGAGAGUUAGUGCGGGAAUCAAUCUGUACCGCGGCUCCUCUGGCCUGUGAUGAUCCCACCCCGGGCACUUCAUCUGCUUCCGGUCCGUAUGCCCAGCCAGCAGAGACCCAUUCCGAUCAUGAAGAACGUGAGCUGGUGUCCAGAUUUGACUUUGGCUUGGUUGAGCCUUUUUCCCGCUCUGUUAAGGAAGCUAUAGGUUGGGAAGAACCCGUAGCGGAACCACUGAAGGUUGGGAAGUACUUUCCCGAGUUAAGGAGGGAACCCUUCAUUGAAGAGUUAGAAGACCUCAUUAAAGAAGAGUGGGAAAAACCGGAUAAGCGACCUGGUCUGUCCAAUAAGCUCGCUAAGUUGUACCCUCUAAAGGAGUCUAAAGUCUCUUCCCUCAUUAACGCUCCCAUUGUUGAUUCGUCCCUAAUGCGGCUCGCCAGGCACGUCACUUUGCCAAUAGAGGACGCAGUCUCGUUCCGAGAUGUUCUCGACCAUAAGAUCGACUUGGAGCUGAAGAAAGCAUACUCUACGGCGGGGGGAGCAUGUAGACCAGCUAUUGCCACAGCGGCUGUCGCAAGGGGCAAUUCCACAUGGGCAGCCAACACUGAAAAAGCCCUCCUAGAAGAACAACAACCACAAACUACUCCAGAACAAGGCAAUUUAACAAGCAACUUAUUUCACAAGACCCCCAAAAAGAGAAUUGGAGUAUCCUCUUCCCAUUCAUCUUCCAAAGCAGGACCACAACCACAAGUCAAUCUGGAACAAGGCAAAAUUACAAGGAACACAAUUGAUACGGCUCCCAACAAGUCACCUGAAGUAAAUCUUUCCCAUGCAUCGUCCAAAGAAGCACAACGACAAGUAAAUCCAGGGAAAGGAAAAACUACAAGCAACGAAUAUUAUAGAAUUCCCUUCAAACGAUUCGAAGAAUCUCCUUCCCAUGCAUCUUCCAAAAGACCACAACCACAAGUCAAUCUGGAACAAGGCAAAAUUACAAGGAACACAAUUGAUACGGCUCCCAACAAGUCACCUGAAGUAACUCUUUCCCAUGCAUCGUCCAAAGAAGCACAACGACAAGUAAAUCCAGGGAAAGGAAAAACUACAAGCAACGAAUAUUAUAGAAUUCCCUUCAAACGAUUCGAAGAAUCUCCUUCCCAUGCAUCUUCCAAAACAGGACCACAACCACAAGUCAAUCUGGAACAAGGCAAAAUUACAAGGAACACAAUUGAUACGGCUCCCAACAAGUCACCUGAAGUAAAUCUUUCCCAUGCAUCGUCCAAAGGAACACAACCACGAGUCAGUCGUGUACAAGGCAACUUUACAAGAAACAUGCCUAAUAGGACUCCCAGCAAUCAAUAUGGAGGAGCUCUUUCCCAUUCAUCUUACAAAGAACCACAACGACAAGUAAAUCCAGAAAAAGGAAAAACUACAAGCAACGAAUAUAGAAUUCCCUUAAAAUCUCCUUCCCAUGCAUCCUUCAAAAGUAAAUCAUGGUCUACAAUCCACCACUACACAUCCCACCCAGAAGAACGACAACCACAAGUCAACCCAGGACAAAGCAAAACCACAAGCAACAUAUCUCCUAGGGCUCCCAGCAAUCAAUAUGGAGUAGCUUCCCAUUCAUCUUCCAACAAACCACGACCACAAGUCAGUCCAAAACACAGCACAAUUACAAGCAACAGUUCUCAUAGGGCUCCCAACAAGCAAUUUGGAUUAGCUCCGCCCUAUGCAUCUUCCAAAGGAACACAACCACGAGUCAGUCGUGUACAAGGCAACUUUACAAGAAACGUGCCUAAUAGGACUCCCAGCAAUCAAUAUGGAGGAGCUCUUUCCCAUACACCUUACAAAGGUAAGUCAUGGCUGUGUCUCCUGGUUCUGGCAUCCUGGAAUGCUACUGCACCCGUCCAGGACCAGAAAUAGGCACCGAGUCCUCCCCUCUCCCCCUGCAUCCAGCGGUCGGAACUGAUGCUGCGCGCCCGUCCAGAAACUCCGCCCCGCCCGGCAAUGACAUAAAUGGCAUGCCCUGAUGCUGCUGGACACCAAAAAGAUGGCCGCCGCCAUGCACAAAACAUGAGGGGCUGCAGCUUGUCGGUCGUUACUGGCUCUCCCCGAACACUGAAGGGGGAGAGAGGAGCCAGAAACAGGCCCCCUCACCU